AUGUUCUCUUUGAAGCGAUUGCAGUCUGCGCUGUUGGGCGCUGGCCUCAUCUAUUCGACUGGCGUCCUAUCUCAUAGCACAGAAAUUGAGACAAGGUCUUUGGAUGAGAUUUACCAGAGUGCGAAGCAUGAGCGCGGCAUCUUGAACGUCUACUUUGGCGGUAGUUGUACGAGCUCGGCUGAGCCAAUGCUCAAUGCUUUCCGUCAACGAUUCCCCGACGUUGCCAUCAACAUCACGGCCGAUUUGUCCAAAUAUGCCGACUCACGUAUCGAUCGAAGCUACAUAGAGGGCAACCCGUUCAUCGACGUUGCCCUCUUGCAGACGGUGCACGACUUUCCUCGAUGGGAUAAACAGCAGCGUCUCUUGCAUUACAAGCCAGCCAACUACAGCGAUAUCAAUCUGGCCAUCAAACACAUUGACGGGGCGUAUCUGCCUGUCAACUACAACCAAUUUGGCCCUUUCUACUAUGAUUCAACCAUUGUCGAGAAGCACCAGGUGCCAAAGACGUAUGCCGACGUCCUGGACCCCUUCUGGAAAGGCAAACUCGUCCUCACUUACCCAAAUGACGAUGACGGCGUCCUGUAUCUCUUCACCCUCAUCAUCGAGCGAUACGGAUUCCAGUGGCUGGACUCUCUGCUCAAACAAGACGUCAUGUGGGUGCGCGGUGCCGCAGCCGCUACAGGCGCAAUCAUCAGCAACCACGCGUCUCGCAAAGGCUCAAGAGUCCUGACGUUCUCUGCACUGGGAGGAUUCACACCAUCGACGUCUUUUCUGCAGGUCUCACAGCCCGAGGCUCCGGAUCAGUUCAUGACUUGGGCUCAACAAGCGGCAAUCUUCGCCUCGACGCCUCGCCCGGAGAGUUCCAAGCUGUUCAUGUCUUUUCUACUGAGCAACGAGUGGCAGAUGACGCUUACGGCGUCCGGUGGCCCGUCUGUUCGAACUUCCUUGACUGGCACGAACAAUGUAUUUGUGGCUAAUAAUACUCAGCCAAGCGGUUAUAUCUCCUUCAUGAGCCGGCGGGAAGAUGUGGAGUGGUGGCGGAUGCAGAUGGAGACUUAUAUCGGACUUGCUAAAGGGCCUGAUCCUGCGUUUGCGUAA